GAUUUACGUUCUCUCUCAUUUCCUGGGUGACGAUAGUUACGAAUCUCCUUGUCACUCCAAUUAUUUUUGUGGGCUGGCUUCCAUAUGUCAAAGUUUUUUGAAUGAGAAUGGUGCAUUUUGUGGGGUAUAUCGAGUUGAACUGGGAUAGCUAGGGUGUCACGUACGUUGGCCCCUGCAGAUAGUUAGCAUCCAAUUCUUUGUUUAUAACUCCAUGUGCUUCACUAGCUGCUCUCGAUCUAUUCCAGCUCUUGCUGUUUCUCUUUGCAUCCCUUGUGGGCACUAGAGAAGCAGCUCCUCCCUCCCUCCCUCUCUCCCUCUCUCUCUCUAUCAACGUAAUUGCAGCAUUGUUCUUUCAGGUCUUAACUUCUCAGAUUCUGUCUUUUAUGUGACAAUUCUCCCCCAGAACUAGUGGCUGCACUACUUUUACCUCCAUUUUUUCUACGACCAUCAGUUUCUGUUGUUCACUUCUUGCAUGGAGGAACAGAUGAGUGCUAAACGGAGAUGUGUAUAUCCUCUUGAGCCAAGCUUGAUAGGGCAAACAAUGUUUGUUAGGAAUUACGUGAGCCAUUUGGUUCCAGCUCUGAAGAAGAUAAAAACAUGCAGGCUAGUAGAUGACAAUUAUGGCCAUGAUUCUGAGCUAGACGAAAGUGUGAGAUAUGAAGUAGACAUGGCAUUGGUGAUGUCCGCCCCAGGGUUUGCUUGGAGUCGAGCCUUGAAAAGCAGGCUUCACAAGAAUACGAAUGCUGGUAGAUUUCAUGACUCUUCCAUCCAUCACCAUGCCUCAUUGAGACGUCUUUCAAUGCAUGGCCCAAGCAUUCUGAAAAACGAUGCGGAUAAUCAUUCCUCACCAAAUGUAACUUCUCAAAAGAGAGCUUCCCCAAGCCCUAAUGGUAAGCCCAAGAUUAACAAGAGAUUAAAGAGGGCCAGAAGCAAGAAAGAAGCUGCAGAGCAAAGUGAGGAAGAGCAGAUCGGAAGCCGGCUGGCCAGUCUAAGAUCUCUCAUGCCGGGUGGGAAUGAGAUGGGCGUUGAUGAAUUGUUUAGCGACAUGGGAAGUUAUAUAACAAGUCUUGAGAUGCAGGUGAACAUUCUUCGUUGCCUAGUGGACUCACAGUAUUAACUAGGUCCAGUAUUCAUAUAUAUUUGCAGAAAUCAUCGUGUUAAUUUUUUCAACAAUAUAGUCUACUGAUUAGUCUAUAAAUAUUGUUGUUGUAAUAUUUAGGGUUGGUAUAUCUAAAAUAGCUAGACCUGGAACUUUUUGUGAGGAGGGACAUAAAAGGGAGCUUCUAGGUUCUGUACCUCAUUAUCCCUAAAUGUGAUUUUUUCUUUCUUUCACAUCUUAUUGUAAAAUUUACAAUAUAGUAUUGAAUAUGGUACUGUAGUCCUUUAAAUUAUUCA